GAGGUCCCCGAGGGCGGCGGGAGCGGGAGGCGAGGCCAGGAAUGUAGGGCCGCGGGCCGCCUCCGGAGGAGCAAGGGAGAACGGGCGCGGUUGGGGAGCCGCUGAUGCCGGCCCGCCCUAUGGCCGUCCCAGAUGGGAGGAGAGGGUGUUGGGUCAAAAGCCAGCCCGUUCCGCUCGGAGGUUGGAGCUCUGGGGUUGCGGGUGGCGCGCCGGCCUGCCGACCCUCCCGCGGCGAGGCCCGCAGAGAACGAAAGCCUGGCUCUUCCCGCGGAGCCCUUGGCGGAGGCCGAAGGAGUCUCCAGGAUCUGUGGUCUGGUUGAAAGAUGUCGGCCCUCACCACCCUGUUUAAGUACGUGGACGAAAAUCAGGAUCGGUAUGUUAAGAAGCUUGCGGAAUGGGUGGCCAUUCAGAGCGUGUCAGCGUGGCCAGAGAAGAGAGGCGAGAUCCGCAGGAUGAUGGAGGUGGCGGCCGCCGACAUCAAGCAGCUGGGCGGCUCUGUGGAGCUGGUGGACAUCGGGACCCAGAAGCUCCCUGAUGGCUCCGAGAUCCCACUUCCACCCAUUUUACUCGGCAAGCUGGGCUCUGACCCACAGAAGAAGACGGUGUGCAUCUACGGCCACCUGGACGUGCAGCCGGCGGCCCUGGAGGACGGCUGGGACAGCGAGCCCUUCACCCUGGUGGAGCGAGACGGCAAACUGUACGGGAGAGGCGCCACCGAUGACAAGGGGCCGGUGGCCGGCUGGAUCAACGCCCUGGAAGCCUUCCAGAAAACCAAGCAGGAAGUCCCCGUCAAUGUCCGCUUCUGCCUGGAGGGCAUGGAGGAGUCGGGCUCCGAGGGCCUGGACGCGCUGAUCUUCGCCCAGAAGGACUCGUUCUUCAAGGACGUGGACUACGUGUGCAUCUCCGACAACUACUGGCUGGGCAAGAACAAGCCCUGCAUCACCUAUGGGCUGCGGGGCAUCUGCUACUUUUUCAUCGAGGUGGAAUGCAGCGACAAGGACCUUCACUCGGGCGUGUACGGAGGCUCAGUGCACGAGGCCAUGACUGACCUCAUCAUGCUGAUGGGCUGCCUGAUGGACAAGAAGGGGAAGAUCCUCAUCCCGGGCAUCAGUGAUGCCGUGGCCCCCGUGACCAAGGAGGAGCUGGAGCUCUACGACAAGAUCGAUUUUGACCUGGAGGAGUACGCCCGGGAUGUGGGCGCUGGGACCCUCCUGCACGGCUGCAAGAAGGACAUCCUGAUGCACAGAUGGCGUUACCCAUCCCUGUCUCUUCACGGCAUCGAAGGUGCCUUUUCCGGGUCAGGGGCCAAGACCGUGAUUCCACGCAAGGUGGUCGGCAAGUUCUCCAUCCGACUCGUCCCGAACAUGACUCCGGAAGUGGUCAGCGAGCAGGUUACAAGCUACUUGACCAAGAAGUUUGCUGAGCUUCACAGUCCCAACAAGUUCAAGGUGUACAUGGGCCACGGCGGGAAGCCCUGGGUGUCCGACUUCAACCACCCUCACUACCUGGCUGGGAGGAGGGCCCUGAAGACAGUGUUUGGUGUCGAGCCGGACUUGACCAGGGAAGGCGGCAGCAUUCCGGUGACACUGACGUUCCAGGAGGCCACAGGCAAGAGCGUCAUGCUGCUGCCCGUGGGCUCGGCGGACGACGGAGCGCACUCCCAGAACGAGAAGCUCAACCGGCGCAACUACAUUGAGGGGACCAAGAUGCUGGCCGCGUACCUGUACGAAGUCUCCCAGCUGAAGGACUGAGCACCGCCCUGCCGUCCCCACACGCUCCCCCUCCUCUCGGGACCGCCCGCCACUCCUCCCCUCUGUCAGGUUCUGCAGACUUCUAGCGCGGAUGUGAGAGCCCCCGCCCCGUCUCAGGAUGGAGUAGCCUCCACUGGCCACGAUAAGCGGUCAGGCCCAGGGCCUGUCAGCAACCCUGGAUGAGCUGACUGCUCCCCGGUGGUCAGCGUGACAUGGUCUCCAGAAGAUAGCACACGUUCCUCUGUAGAAAGCGCUAGAUGGCGUCCACGAGGGCUGAAGAGGGGACUCAGGGUCUCCUGGCCCUGCCUCUGUCCCCAGGUCAUGGUCGAACCCGCUUGGAGUGUCCUGUCCCAGCACCUGGGGCCUCGAGGGCAGCCUUCCCAAUCCGUGCUGUCUCGGGCACAUCCUGUCCUAUUCUCAAGACCUUACCCUUUACAAUGUUCCAUCUCUGUAUUAAAAUCCUUCAAAACCUAAA